AUGAAGAACUCACAAGUUUCAAACAAAAACAAUCAGAACUCUUACAUGCCAUCAAACCUUUCAACCAGAUCAACAAUGACAUCUGGUAGUCAAGGCUUAUACAGCAGAGAAGGCAUACUCCAAAGAAAGUAAAAGCCUUCCACCAGUGUUAAGGACAAGAAUUUUACACUUCAAAAAAUUCAUGAGUACAGACGCAUUGCUUUCUUUGGUUCACCUGAUGAGAAGAAAGUCAUUCAGUAAUUAUCUUACUGUUUAUAAAUUAUCAGGCAAGAAUAUUAACAAGAUUGUGACUUUCUUUUGGGCAUCAAGAAGCAGAAGCAAUAGGAGUUUGAGAGAAGAGACCAACGUAUGACUACUUGCCGAAAUCAUUACUUUGACUAGGCCCAACGAAUGAGAGAAAUUCAAAAGAGAGAGUAAAUGAGGCUAAUUGCUUAGGAUAACUUGAUGAUGGCUGCGAAUAAGAAAAGAUAAAACAUUGAUACUCAUGUAAAGGACAAUAUAAGAGAUUAGCAAGCUAUUCAUGAUAAUAAAGUCAAGUACUCUGCCAUGAUUAGAUGA